AUGAGUAGCAUCGGAUAUGACCCCUAUUACUCCACCUCAUCAUACAGACGCUGGAUUGUUGAGCCUCCCACUCGUUUGGUGACCAGAGGGAGGACUCACUCGGUCUAUUCCUCCCAUGCUUCCCCUCUGUCCUCCUCCCGUCUGCAGUACUCCUCUCCCGGCCGGGUGCUGCUCUCCUCCUCCUCACAAGCCUCUUCCCUGGAGUUGGAGCUCAGCCAGGCAGCCCAGAUCAGCUCUGAAUUCCGUGCCAUUCGCACCCAGGAACGCAGCCAGCUGCAGGACCUCAACGACCGCUUUGCCGGCUUCAUUGAGAGAGUGCGUGAGCUGGAGCAGCAGAAUCGUGCUUUGGAAGCAGAGCUGCUGCUGCUGAGGCAGAGGCACACUGAGCCAUCCCGCCUGAGAGCACUGUACGAGCAGGAGGCCCGCUCCCUGAGAGCAGCUGUGGAUGAGGCCAGGGCAGAGAAGCAGGCCAUCCUGGGACAGAAAGAGCGUCUGGAACAAACUCUGAGUGCCCUGCAGGGUCGAUAUGAGGAGGAAGUGCUGGCACGUGAAGAGGCUGAGGGCAGGCUGGUGGAUGCCCGUCGUGAGGCUGACCAGGCUGCCUUAGCUAAGGCUGAGUUGGAUAGGAGCAUUGAAACGCUGCUGGAAGAGCUGGCCUUCCUCAAAAGGAUUCAUGAGGGGGAGGUGGUUGAGCUUCAGGCCCAGGUCCAGCUUGGCGUCCAGGUGGCAGUAGAGUCGGAGGCCGCAACUCCUGACCUCUCCGGGGCUCUCAGGGACAUCAGGUCCCAGUAUGAAAGGCUGGCAGCAAGGAACAUGCAGGCAGCAGAGGAGUGGUUCAGAGGGAAGGUGGGUUCCAUGACUGAGACCGUGGCCCAGCACAGUGAUGCCGUAAGAAGCUCUAAGGAUGAAGCAGGAGAGUACAGGCGCCAGCUCCAGGCCCGCCUGCUGGAGAUCGAUGCAUGCAGAGGCCUCAAUGAAUCCCUGGAGAAACAGCUGCAUGAGAUGGAGGAGAAGCAGAGUGCUGAGAUAGCAGCUCUGCAGGACACCAUCGGAGAGCUGGAGGGUGAGCUGAGGGCCACCAAACAGGAAAUGGCACGCUAUCUGAAAGAGUACCAGGAUCUCCUGAAUGUCAAGAUGGCUCUGGACAUUGAGAUUGCUGCAUACAGGAAGCUGCUGGAAGGGGAGGAGUCUCGCUUCAGUGCGGGGGUGGCUGGGGGCGUGUCCUCUUUGUACAGCCACAGUUUGUCAGCCCCCUCCUUCGUCAGGCCCGUCCUCUCCAGCCUGAGCUCUGGCACCUCCUAUCUGAUGACAUCCCGUUUGCUCAGCUCCAGUGUCAGCACCACCGAGGGGAUCAUCUCUGCCAGCCAUGCCCAGCAAGCAGAGGCCAGCCCACCUGGUGAGGAGGAAGAGGUGCUAAAAGAGGAGGAGGAGGAGGAAGGUAAGGAAGAAGAGGGAGGUGAGGAGACAGAGGCAAAGCAGGAAGAGGAGGAGGAGAAAGAAGAAGGAGAGGAGGAGGGAGAUCAAGAGAAAGAAGAUGAAGAGGAGACUAAAGAAGGAGAUGAAGAGGCUAAGGGGGAAGAGGAGGGUGGUGAUGAGGAGGAGCAAAAGGAAGAGGUGACAGAGGCCACUGAAGAGGAAAAAGGAGAAGAAGAGGAGACUGAGGUUAAAGAAGAAGCACAAGAGGAGGUAAAAACAGAAGGAGCUGAUGACAAAGGAGAGGAGGCAAAAGAAGAAGAAAAAGAGGAUACGAAAGAAGAGGAGAAAAGUGAGGAGAAAGAAGAGAAAGCUGAUGCCAAGAAAGACGACAAGGAAGAUGACAAAGCUGCUCCAAAAACAGAUGACAAAGUUGAUGCCAAAAAGGAAACAGAGGGUGGAAAAACAGCCAAGCCCGAAGCUGCUGAAGAAAAGAGCACAAAGGGUAAAGAAUAAGUCAGUCAAGUCUUCAGUCAGGACUGUCCAUUAGCUCGACAAACAGUAGAGGCAUCAACGCUAUCCUCUCAAAUCUGCUUAUUAACAUGGUGCUCAAUAAAACAGUCCAAUAGCCAACUACAGCAACAAAUCAAGGCUAACUGCUUGCCAAUAUUCAAAGUAGUCCUGAAAGGUCUGGCUGCACACUUCCUGACGAGUCUAAUAUGUGUAACUGCUGAAUGCAAAUGUGAGUGUGUGAGUUUGGUGGUUAAAUAAACGCCUCUUAAAACCAUGUAUGUCAUUGAUUUUGAGCUUGGUAAAGCAUACAUCAUGUCAAUAUAGAACUUUUCACACUUGACAAAUAGAUGAAAGACACAAAUUUACAGCAUAAAUCCCUGAAAAUCUGUUUAAUUUAAUAUAAUCUUGCCAGUGGUUUGGUGAGAAAUGUCACCAUGUGUCACUUUCUGAUUCCAUUUAUCCCUGUCUUCCUGUCUUAUUAACUUCCCUGUCACAGCCAUGCUUCUUGAAUCAU